AUGACCAAGGCCGAGCAAAAGAAGGCUGUGCAAUUCACCCGUAUGUGCAAAUUCUGGCGAACGAACGAGUGCAAGAUGGGCGUGGACUGCACGUUCGCUCACUCGACAUCGGAGUUGCGCCCCAGCCCAAAGUCAUGCUUCGACUUCGUGAAGAACGGCUACUGCGCGCGGGGGCAUUCGUGCAGGUUUGUGCACCAUGUUGUCGAGAGUACAGAGCCGGGAUUCACAUACAUGCAGCACUCAAACUUCCCGGCAUUCCAGGCACAAGAAGAUGCACUUCUUGCCGCGUGCAUGAUGCCAACAUACCCCCAAAAUGGUCCCAUGAGUCCCAUGGGCGUGGCAGAAGCACAGCAGUUUCGCCCAUCGCGUACAUUCGCCGGGCAACCGGCCCAGAUACCCUUGCCCAUGAGCCUCAUCGGUGAUUUUGAGAACAGGGUGGACGAGCCGACGACCGCGGAAUCACACCGCUCCAGUCUAAGUGGAGCUUGGCUGGGGAUGGAGUACAAGAACAUGGUGAUCGAAGAGAUGAAGCAUGCUAUGUGUCGAAGUGACUCGCCCACGCUAUUUAGUGACUUUGAGCCCCCCGACAGUAUGUUUUGGGUGGUGUAG